ACGAGUCAAAACUACCUAGAAAAUUCAAAUGAAUUUUUUGUCUUUAGAAUGAUAAAUGUAGAUUUUAGUGAAGAAGAAUUCAACAACAAAGCUUUAGAGUUCUUCAAUGUCUCAAAGUUAUUGAAUGACAAUUGGAACAUCAAUCACAAAAAUGAUAAAUAUUAUUUGACAAAAAAGCAAUUCAUUUCCUUAAAAUCUGAAUACAGUCAAUCAUAUGAAGACGAUUGCAGUGACCCAUCAGCUGUGCAAUCGAACGAAAUUAUCAAUAUAGAAUAUCACGUUCUCUUUCAUCCAAGUUAUCAAGUUCCAGUUCUAUAUUUUAACGCUUAUGAAGAUGGAAAACUGAUCUCAUUUCAUGAUAUUCCUAAAAUCUUCGUCAAUAUCAAUGAGCUCAAAACAAGUCAAACGGAACUAUUAAAUAUCGUAACGCAAGCCGAACAUCCAAUUUUGUUUCAACCUUUCUUUAUGUUGCAUCCAUGUAAAGUUCAACAAGUUUUAUCGCAGUUCAAGGAGAGUAAAAACUUUGUGUUGACAUUCAUCAGCAUUUUCGGACCAUCUGUAAAGCUCAACCUAAGCUUGGAAUAUCAAAAUUAUUUUGAUGAUCAUCCUUCGACUCAAACUUAAAAAAAUUUCUGUGAUAAAUCACUAAAGAUACUUAAUUGAUAAUCAUUAUCGAUAACAAAAUAAAUCUGAAGUUUUCAACUUGA